UCACUUUCGAAAGUGUUCCAGGAACAGGGCGGAACAGCCUUGUAGUUUCUGAAGCUAGAAGACAGAAGCUGGUAUAGUUCUAAAAAGGACUUUAUCCCGAAAUGAAGCAGUUUAUUUGGUUGUAUCUCCUUCUGGUAGCUCCACUUUGUUCCUCUGGAGUCGUGAAUAAGGCAGUCGAUGAAGAGGUCACAUUUUCUCCUUCAAAUGUUCCGAGUGUGAAGCCUGCACAAGUUCUGUGGAAGUGGAAUGGCAACAAGGCUGCUGAAUAUGACCCAGACUUCGGCAUUGACCAACCAAAAUAUUACGCUUUUAAUGGGCGAGCAACCUUAGACGUGACUUCUGGCAGCCUCACAAUACAGAAGUUGACCACUGAUGACAACGGAGAAUUUACACUGGAAGUCAACAACGGUCUAGAUAGCGCGAAAUAUUCACUCAAAGUACUUGAGAAAGUGAGCAGUGUGGAAAUAUCCAAGAUUGACAGUGCGGGAGACCACUGCAUGCUUUCCUGUGCAGCUGAGCCCCAACAAAGCGUCACAUACACAUGGACUGGAAGUAACGUAAUCGCCAUGAACGGACCGAUGCAGAGUGUCGCGGCAACUGACUUUGCAAGUUCUUACACUUGCAUCGCAAAAAAUCCUGUGAGCGAGAAGGCAAAGUCAGUAAUCGCAGGAAGCAUCUGUGAAGGCACUCCUCCACCUCCUCCUGGGCCAAUCAUUGGAGGUGUCCUGGGGAUGAUCGCACUGAUUGGAAUUGCAGUGACCGCAUGGUUCAUCUUUAAAGAUAAGAAUGAAGAACGUUCUGGAGCUGACAAAAAUAAAGCAGAGCGGGAGACAAUGACUUGAUGACAUGUUUUAG